AUGUCCAGUCUGGUAGGAAUCUUCGGUCAAGGGCAUAACGCCUACUUUUCCAAUGGACCUAUUACGCGCCUCUCGUUCAUGAGGCUGAAUCACGAACUCCUAGACCAAGCUUCCUCUCAUCCUGCCACAAAAUAUCUGACCUUUGAAGAAUUAAACCCUUUGCGUACCUCAGAGGGCAGGCUCGCCUUCAGCAGCUAUGGCGACAUUGCAGACGCGAUUGGUCGCCCUUACGUCGAAGACGAGAAGACUCAAGUAGCAGAAUUUGAUCCGGAUGGGUUUCAUCCGACACUCGUCUUCCUUGGGCUGGACCUCGAAGAGAAACCCACGUCAGCAAGCAGGAAUCUGCAAUUUGGUCAGUACAGUGGUGUGCCUUACUUCGCCUUGGAUGUGACCUCGAAUCGUUACACGGCAUUCAAAGAGUCACAGAGGGUGAGCGGCCUCGAGUACAAGCCAGCCAGGAUCGACCUCACUUUAGACCACGCACAGUCAGCUAUAUACAGCCAUGCGCGCUCCCUGAUUGAUUGGAACAAUCGAAACCGUUUCUGCUCCAGUUGCGGAGGCAAGACUCUCUCAACCCAUGGAGGAGCCAAAGUUGUCUGUCCGCCUGCUGACAGAGGGGUCCUCCGCCAACGAGCCUGCCCAACCCGGAUUGGACUGCACAAUCAGGCCUUUCCACGGACAGAUCCCACGGCCGUGAUUGCAGCUAUAUCUGCAGAUGCGAAACGCGUCCUACUCGGGCGAGGGAAGCGCUGGCCUGCUAAUUAUUUCUCAUGUCUGUCUGGCUUCAUCGAACCAGGGGAAAGCAUUGAGACCGCUUCACGGAGAGAGGCCUAUGAGGAGACCGGUAUCCGCAUUGACAGGGUACAGAUUCAUUCCAGUCAGCCCUGGCCAUACCCGUCAACAAUGCUAAUUGGCGUGAUUGGUCAAUGCGGCGAGGGGGGCGAAGAUAUUACUUACCCGGAAACAGAGUUAGAAGAGGCCAAGUGGUUUGAGCUGGCAGAGGUUGAAAAUGCACUUAAUCAUGGUGCAAACCCUAUGUGGGACCCGCCUCUCAAGGGUUAUAACGGUCCAAGGUUGCCUCCGAAUCAGCUAAUGGCGCAUCAGGUCCUCAGGGGAGUACUGAGAUUGUUUCAUAAAUGA